GGGCGGGGCCUCGUGAAGGAAGACGCGCCGCGAUGACAGAACCCAGCAGUACCGGCAUAUGAGCGAUUUCUCUCCGCUCCACACGCAUCAAACCAGGACGUUUAGUGCGUAAUCCGAGUCAAAUCCUCCACCUCUCCAGACACGUUUAUUAAAGAAUACUCACAUAUCCAGAAACUUUCAUGUCGGGCAUUCACAGGCAAAAGAAUUAUAUGAUGGAGACUGAGAUCCACGUGCCGGUUGGUUCGCCGACGAUCAAGAAAUAUCCGAUAUUCGUGGACGAGCAUAAUGUGACGGAAGGAGCGAUGAAGCUUAUCAAAGAGCUCCGACCGGGCUGGGACCCGACUCUGGUCCAGACCAAGCUAUUCACCGACGGCACUACCAACAAACUGAUGGGUUGUUACAUGGAGGAACACCCCGAUGACGUGGUGCUGGUGAGGGUCUACGGCAACAAGACAGAGCUGUUUGUGGACCGAGACAACGAGCUCAAGAGCUUCCAGGUUCUGCACGCCAACGGAUGCGCGCCCAGUCUGUACUGCUCCUUCCAGAACGGCAUCUGUUACGAGUUCAUGCAAGGACGUGCUCUCGAUACUCAAGACGUCAGGGACCCUGUGUUACUCAGACUGAUCGCCCGAGAAAUGGCCCGCAUUCACGCCAUCCACGCCCACAACGGCUGCAUCCCAAAACCCAACCUGUGGAUCAAAAUGCGCAAGUACUUCUCGCUAGUCGCCACAGAGUUCACCGACCAAGCUUCUAACAUCAGAAUUCAACAGGAAGUGCCCAGUCAGGAAGUGCUGGAACAGGAAAUGACUUGGAUGAAGGAACACCUGUCACAGCUGGUCUCUCCUGUGGUGCUCUCUCACAACGACCUGCUCUGUAAAAACAUCAUUCAUAACGCUAAGGAAGGUCACGUUCGGUUCAUCGACUAUGAAUACUCAAGUUACAACUACCAAGCGUUUGACAUUGGAAAUCAUUUCAACGAAUUUGCAGGCAUGAGUGAACCAGACUAUAAUCUGUAUCCCAACCUGGAGAUGCAGUUGGACUGGCUGCACACGUACCUGCAGGCCUACAAGCUCUUUACCAAAAAAGGUGAAGACGUCACCCAGCGGGAACUGGAGACGCUGUACGUGCAGGUCAACAAAUUUGCUCUGGCCUCACAUUUCUUCUGGGGUUUCUGGGCCCUGAUCCAGGCCAAGUACUCCACCAUCGACUUUGACUUCCUCGGGUAUGCUGUGCUACGUUUCAAUCAAUACUUCAAGACCAAACCUGCAGUAAUGGCUCUGGAGAUUCCCAAAUGAGAAGAUAUGACUGAGAGGACAGUGAUUGUCAUGGAAUCGAAGGCCUUUCAGAUGGGGGUACCACACGGGCAGGUUCUAGGAGGCCUCUUACAUCUGACUGAGAAUUGAUUUGCCACGUCUCGGUUCCACAAAUUCUUUUUUUCCUAAACACGCAACGCACCUUUCCAGACUCCACUUCUAGUUUCUCAUCCAAUAUGUUUAAUUUAGUUUAUUUAUUGUUUUUGAGCACUUGUUUGCACCAGUUCGUUCUUUGGUACUUCUUGUUUCAAGGUUUCAGAGACAUUUCCGAGUGAUUUGCAGUGCAGGAAUGACACUUUGGUUCACACAAGAUACAUACAGGCUGCUCUUUCUGUCCUGCUGUGGCUUUAUAACUCUCGUGUCAAACUGAUGAGAUUUGCUGUUGUCUUUUUCUGUAAUGACGGAUACUCGAAAAACCCCAAAAGCUGCUAGCCAAAAGUGUGCUUUCAAAACGAUUCACCCCGCAGUUUUGGAUUGACUGAAGGCUAGACAGUUACCGAGGUCAAACUCCCUCAUAACCUGUUGUUAAGUCACUUUAACCGAAUGCCAAGUAACCAAGUAACCACUCCACUUUACUUCAGACAUUCCCAAGAAGUCAGGACCACAGAGCCCUCGCGUCUCCAGGACCACGUUUCCACCUCUUUAGCUUUUAUGGCCGUGAGAAGUUCUGUUGAAUUUUCCACUCGUCACAGGCUGUGGAAUAUGACCACCUGCUCCCCGCCCUCCACCUCCUAAAUGUGUGUUUGCAUCACCUGGCAGAGAGCUCGAAAAUCAUUCUGAAUGUCAAAAUCCCCCUCGUUCGCCAAUGGACUGGUUAUACUAAAAACCAAGGGGAGGAAGUUUAUGUAACAGUGAUGCGUAGUUUGAUUCAGGUCACCAUCUGUGAGCACACAAUGUCCUGCGGCAGAAAGAUAACUGUAUUUAACUUAAAAUAUGAAUUGCCAUCAGGCUGGAGGAAAUCUAAUGUCAGGUUAGGGAUCGUGUGAUGGAGUUCUCGACUGAAUUCAGCAAGGUAUUACAUCGCGUUAGUAUGCAAUGUAUCUCCAAUAGACUGGAUAUGAUUUCAUAAAACACUUUAUUUAAAAUGUGAUUGAAGCUCUUUUGUUUUGUACUUUAUUCUAUUGUUAUAGAAUAAUUUGUUUAUUUUCGAGUCCAACAUUCCAGUAGAAAUAAAAAAGCACAAAGGUCACAAACCACUUAAGUAAUAUUAGACAUGUGCGUUUAGAAAUGUAUUUGGGUAAAUCACACGAAACCUGUUAAGAAAAUGUAGGUCUCAUUUUCCCCCUCAAAAUGGAAAGAAUCGUUUUUGGAUUAUUUAUUUUUACCGUUUGAAGAUCAAAUAUGUCCAGGACACCUGUUUGUGAGAUGCAGCCAUUUGGAGUCAGCACAUUUAUACUUGAAAAGUGUCUGCGAGCUUUUUCAACCUAAGUGUCCUUUCACUGGCCGGCGUCAUCCGUCCCUGAUCAGUUUAGCGCCAGUGUUUUCAGAACGUCUUGAAACAAAGAUCGAGGUCACGUUGAAUAUCUGAGGCGUGUUUGGCUGUGCGUCAGGCGCAGGUUAAUAAUGAAACGCCUGUGGCGCCGCGGGCAACGAUUGAAACCGUGAGCCCCCUCGACAAAUCCAUGAAUAAUUUUGUAGGUGAUGUUUCUCUAAUGAGUGUGAUGGAUCAGCACUAAAGCUGUUGUGUGUUCCCUGAACUCGGAUCAAAAAAACGGAUGUGCAGUUUAAGGGCAAAUCUCACAAAGUUCAUGUCUCAGAUUUUACCCCAAAAACAAUAAUCGUGUCAGUCUAUGUAUAUACAAACGUACACACUCCAAAUUCAUCGGUGUCAAAGAAAUACUUCCGGGUGCUUUGAUACAGUUAUGGAAUAUAAACUAUACCCUAAUUAAUUAAAUAAAGGUAUUUUGUUGUUUUUUAGGCUUAAUAUGAGCUGAGCCUGUUCUUGAGGGUGUUUAAGGUUCAGACUUUAGUUUUGCCUGUGACAUGACAAAGCUGACGUUCAGGAUAACUGUUGGUAACAAAAAACACAUUUUAUACAUGCAUGAAGGACAACAUGGAUAACAUGUUGAUAAAAGUGCAAUGGCAGGAUUUCUAUGUUGGUGUAGAAAUGUAAAAUGUCCUCCGAAAACAGCGAGAAACCUACUUUCUGUUUGCAAAAUAUGAAGUAGUUUAUCUGUUUCUUUAACUGUUAUCGAUGUGAAGGACUGUUCUAAUGUGAAAGGAAAAUGUUUACACUGUUCCCUUUUUCUUGAAAAAGGUCAUUUCGUUCAACAGGUUGAUUAUUUUGUUCUCGCACGGGAACAGUUUUCCACUUUAAUAUCUGAGCCAACGUUUGGCCACAUCUGUUUAUUCUCUCGGGAAUAAGGGUUUGUGGUGGAACAAUUAUAAUCAAAGCUAGAUUCAGAAAACCCACUACUGUAAAUGACAUAUGAAUAACUCUAUGACCUUGUAAAAGUCCUUUUAUUCACAUCUGCGCUUUAAAGGACUGUUGAGUGAGUUGGGAUUUUGUUGUUAUGUUUGUUCCGAAAACACACCAAACAAGUCGGCUUUACAGCUCGUGCUUUAUUUAAGAUUAAUUCUCUUGUGAAUGUACUGAAGUAAAAUGUACAGAUAAUCUUUCAUUUCUAUCUUUUUGUAUAUUUAACUCAACUGGAAGUGUGAUUGGCAUGUGUGUGUAUUUGCUGUACUCCAGCUACAGUGCAGUGAUUCUUUGAAAAGUUUGUAAAUACUGUGAAAUAUGGUGUAAAAAAAGUACUGUACAAUGUUUUCACUUCAGCUAUGGGGAGAAUAAUUUAAGAUUUGUUCAAACUUUUUUCCAUUAAAAAUAUCAGCGUUC